GACCAACUGACCAACUGCGGCGUUGAAUUAAAGUUACAAUUGUUUUCGUUUAUUUUCUUACGAAUUUGGUUGGAAAUACACAAAUCCAAAAUGUAUCUAAGGUAUUAUUUGGACAAAAAUGGCGACAGACAGUAUACGCUAGCAACUAUUGAUCCUUUUGGUAAGCCAACACUGUCUGCUCACCCAGCUCGAUUUUCCCCUGAAGAUAAAUACUCCAGACAACGAAUUACUAUCAAGAAGAGAUUUGGACUCCUCAUCACACAGCAACCAGAGCCAAUUCUCUAAAAUUUUAGCUAAUAAUAUAAUUAAACUAAGGGCAGUUCUAAGCAUUUAAAUAAAUAUUUAGUCUCUUUCAUA